AUGUUCUCUGAGCAUCAUUCUUCGGUAUUGAGAAAAACUCGAUCACGACGUCGAAGGUCAAAAAGAAAUCAACAUCAAUCAAUUAAAUCAGAUCAUCGUACUAGAAUAAAUUCACCUGCAGUUGAUCGUUUCCAUGAAAUAUUAACUGAUCUCAAACGCCCUGGAUCACGUUUUGCAUCGUAUACAAUCAACGAACUUGAACCUAUUUGUCAACAAAUUGCAAUACAAGAAAUGUCAUCGUCAACAACAACAAUCAACAUUGGAUCUUGUCCGUUAGUUUGUAUAUUUUGUCAACAUUUUAUACACGAACCGAUCACACUUUAUUGUGGUCAUACAUUUUGUGAUCAAUGUAUAAACGAUGAACAAUUAUCGUCUACAAUAAAUUGUCCGCGAUGUCCUCAUGAUAUUCAAGGUCAAGUACAAUCACCCAUAGUACAUGCAAGAGAAAAAUCUUAUAAAAAAAACCUUUUCCUUCACCACUUAUUUGAUCGUUCAGAAACAUUACAAACAAUAUGUGAGAAUAUUACUUCAUGCCGUAAAGGAAAAAAAGAAUAUUCAAAAGGAAAUUAUCAACAAGCAAUAAAUAUUUAUUCACAAAUACUUGAUAAAAAUAGUCAUGAUCAUCUCGCGUUAUAUAAUCGUGCUAAAGCCUAUGCAGCCAUAAAACAAUUUAAUCAUGGCCUUACUGAUGCUACACAUGUUGUUGCAUUGAAACCCCAUUGGACAAAUGGUUACAUUUGUCAAGGUGAAAUAUUAUUUGAUAUGAACCAUUUUACAGCUGCACUUCGAUCAUCAUUAAAAGGACUUGUCAUUGAUCCAGAUAAUCAAAUGGGAAAACAAAUAAUGGCACGACAUCUACAUGCUGUAUUACAUAAUGAUGAUAAUGAUAAUGGUGAUCGAGAAAUUAUGACAACAAUGAAAAAAGAAUUCGAACAAAUUAAUAAAACUUCAUUAGUGAAUGAGGCUAUCAUGGAAACAAUGAAUUCUAUGACAGAUACAAAUUCAUUAACUAUGUGCAAAUCAAUACAAUCAUCAAAUUCUUGUUUUUGUUUACAAUUUAAUUCGAAUAAAUUAAGUUCAAGAGAUUUUGAAUGUUCUAUAUGUGUUAGUCUAUUGUGGAUACCAAUAACAACACCUUGUGGACAUGUUUUUUGUCGUGAAUGUCUUAUUCGUUCUGUUGAUAAUACUCAAGCACAAUGUCCCAUAUGUAAAAGUUCAUUAGAAGAUUUUUUUCCUAUGUUGAUAAGAUCAUAUGUCAAUAAAACUGAGAUUAUUUCAAAGUUAAUUGAAACUUAUUUUCCAAAGGAAUAUCAUGAACGACAACAAUUAUAUGAACAAGAUAAUAUACAGGGUGUUUCAAUUCCACCAUCAUUAAUAAAUAAUACUGAAUCAACUAUUUUUGAAAUACCUAUAUUUGUAUGUGUUUUGAUACUACCACAUUGUGCAUGUCCAUUACAUGUAUAUGAACCACGUUAUCGUUUAAUGAUGAGACGAGCAAAUGAAACUGAAACACGUACAUUUGGAAUGUGUCAAUCUGAUGGAGAAAUUGGUACAUUUGCUGAUUAUGGUACAUUAUUACAUAUUCGUGGUCUUAUAUAUACACCAGAUGGUCGUUCUAUUGUUGAUACAAUUGGACAACGUCGUUUUCAUGUUAUUGAACGUGGAAUGAAAGAUGGAUAUCAUACAGCUAGAGUUGAACUUAUACGAGAUCAUCAAACUGAAGAACAUGAAUUUAAUGAUUUAUUUCAAUUUAAUCGAGAUACUUAUAAUCGUGUUCGUGAAUGGUUUGAUAAUCUUGAUUCACAUAGAAAAACAUUAAUUCGUCAACAAUUCGAAGAAUAUCCAUCAUGUGAUGAUUUAAUACAAGGAUUAGUUGAUGGUCCUAGUUGGACUUGGAUUAUGUUGAAUGUAUUACCUAUUGAACCAAUUCUUCAAUAUACUGCACUUGCUUCUCAAUCACUGCGUAUUCGUUUACAAAUGAUAAAUGAUACAAUUGAUUUUCAACUUAAUCAACAACAACAACAACAGCAACAACAACAAUCAACAACAAUAAUUUCAUCCAAUGAUGAUGAUGAUCAAUAA